UUGAAUGUCAAAUCUAUUCUAUACAUAGUCUAUGUCUAUUCAAAAUAGUUAUUGUAUGUAUCAAUAAUUUAUAAUAUGUUUUAUAUGUAUAUAUAUAUAAGAUAUAACCGGAUUGUAUGAUAUUUUUACAUUAUUACAUUGUUGAUUCUUGAAUUAAUAUGUAUUCAAAAAUUAUAUAUGUAUAAUAAGUUGUAGGAAUUAUUUUUAAAGGUUAAUUGUUUCAUUGAAAUUGUGCUGUAACAUUAUUUUUUAUAUUUGAAAAGGUAUUUAUUUUGUAUAAUUAUACGUAAUUAUAUUUUAUACGUAAUAUAAUAUAUCAUUUAUAUGUAAUGUAAUAUAUCAACAAAACUUGCUCAUAAGAAUGCUUUGAAGAAUUUAAGAUGGCGCUAUUACGAAUCAGCAAUUCACCUAAUUUAUUAACAACUUUAUCGCAAAUCUCGUACACAGCACGUACGCCAUUAGGUGAAAUACAAUACACACGAUACACAUCUGUGCAUCGUAUGAAAAAUCUUCAUAUUACAAGUGUCCGUCGUUAUCCUGAUCCACCCACUAUACCGCUUCCUACAAACAUCUCUGAAAUAUUUGCAAAUGAGACCGGCAGAUUUACUCCUGAAAGAACACGAGACAUUGCCGCACCGAUACUACUAUAUGGCAAGAAUGAUUGCACAUCAUUUUCCUUGGAACAAUUAAUAAAACCGAAAGAACAUUUGAGUAAUUUGGAAAACUGUAAUGACACGCAUAUAGAUUCAUAUGAUUGUUUUGGAGCGAUUAGUUUAAAUGGUACGAUGCAAAGCAAUGUACCGAAACCAUUUUGCUCCAAUGGAAAAUCAACACAUUUGAAUAUGCCGGGUGGUCAAUGGGCCAGAGAUGGAAAAUUUAUCGCAGAAGAUAUGCAGAAAUCGCAUUAUAGAAGCAAUCGUUUAGAAUUGAAACUGAAUAAAAGCGGUUUAAUAAGUCAUGUCACAGUAAAUAAUCUUUUCCAAGCAAUGUAUAACUCAAAAUAUAUCUAUAGUAUGGGAUAUUCAACAAAUAGAUCGUUAAAUAAUUUAUCAAAAUCUGAUGAUAAACAACAACAAGAACAGGAGAUUAAAGAAAAAAAAUUGUUGAGCAAAAAAGAAAGAUUAAAAAUUAUAAUAAAGGAUUAUGGAAUUACUAUUACCAUAUUUCAUAUAGGAAUUUCUCUGAUAUCUUUGGGUGCUUGUUACGCAGCAGUAGUUAGAGGCAUAGAUUUAAAGCCUGUCAUUCAAAGCAUUUUCAACUUAGAAAAUGAACAAAUAGAAGGUAUCCUUGGUAAUUCGUCAACUUUUCUGGUUGCGUACGGUAUUCAUAAAUUACUAGCGCCCAUUCGACUUUCAAUAACAUUAGGUACAACACCAUUUCUUAUAAAACGAUUAAGAAAACUCGGAAUUCUUAAGUCUUCAAAGGAAAUAAAAUUAAAUGCAUAAGAAUAAUACUUAAGUGAAUGAUUCUAAUUAUUUGUAUUAUACGCUUUGUAAUCUUUAUAAUUUAUAAAAAUUGUAUAAGUUAAUUUGAUGAAAUAAAUUUAUAUACACAUAUAAA